AGGAAGAAAUCGAAAGAUCCUUUUGACCCUGUGCCAUGGAAUAUGUGAGGUUUCCAUUAGUAGACUUGAUGUCAUUUUCUUCUUGGAUUCUAAAUCAUUUCUUUGUCCGAAGUUCUUGCAUACCAACUCUACCAGUCACACCUGGCCUUUCAGUGCAAUCGCAGAACUUAUAGAUAAUGCUUAUGAUCCAGAUGUGAGCGCUAAACAGAUAUGGAUAGACAAAACGGUGAUAAAUGACAAUAUGUGCUUGACAUUCACUGAUAAUGGAAACGGUAUGAACUCAGAGAAGCUGCACAAAAUGCUAAGCUUCGGCUUCAGUGAGAAAUCUGUGAUGAAUGGCCGUGUUCCAGUGGGACUGUAUGGAAAUGGGUUUAAAUCGGGGUCCAUGCGCCUGGGAAAAGAUGCAAUAGUCUUCACCAAGAAUGGAGAAACCAUGAGUGUGGGCCUGUUAUCUCAGACUUUCCUUGAAGUCACAAAAGCAGAACAUGUCAUGGUUCCUAUAGUGACAUUCAACAACCAACGACAGUUAAGUGAUCCAACAGAAUCCAAAAACAGCCUGAAGGCGAUCUUAACACAUUCUUUAUUUUCUACUGAGGAGAAAUUACUGGCAGAGCUAGAUGCUAUAAUGGGGAAAAAAGGAACAAGAAUUAUCAUUUGGAAUCUUAGAAGAGAUAAAAAUGAAAAAACAGAGUUUGACUUUGACAAGGAUAAAUAUGACAUCAGAAUUCCAGAAGACUUAGAUGAAACAGGCAAAAGAGGAUAUAAAAAACAGGAGAGAUUGGACCAGAUUGUUCCAGAGAGUGACUAUUCACUGCGAGCUUAUUGCAGUAUUUUGUAUCUGAAGCCAACAAUGCAGAUCAUUCUGCGAGGACAAAAAGUGAAAACACAGCUGGUUUCCAAAAGCCUUGCCUUCAUUGAGCACGAUAUAUAUAGGCCAAAAUUUCUGAAUGCUAAAACAGUGAGAAUUACUUUUGGAUUUAACUGCAGAAACAAAGAUCAUUAUGGAAUAAUGAUGUACCAUAAAAACAGACUUAUCAAAGCUUAUGAAAGAGUUGGCUGUCAGUUAAAGGCAAACAACAUGGGUGUUGGUGUAGUUGGGAUUAUUGAAUGCAACUUCCUAAAACCAACUCAUAACAAACAAGAUUUUGACUACACAAAUGAAUACAGACUUACAAUAGCAGCAUUAGGAGAAAAGCUUAAUGAUUACUGGAAUGAAAUGAAAACGAAGAAAAACGAAGAAUAUCCAUUAGCUUUGCCAGUUGAAGAGAUACAAAAGCAGCCUGAUCAGACAUGGGUACAAUGUGAUGCAUGUCUGAAAUGGCGGAAACUGCCAGAUGGAAUAGAGCACUUGCCUGAAAAGUGGUACUGCUCACUGAACCCUGACCCACAAUUCCGGAAUUGUAAUGUGCCAGAAGAACCAGAAGAUGAUGACUUAAUACAUCCUACGUAUGAGAAAACUUACAAGAAAAAAGACAGGGAAAAACUGAAGAAGCGACUAGAGUACAGCUACCAGAUCAAUAAUGAAAUGUUUUUAAAAACACCUGUUUCUUCAAGUAAAGACUUCAAAACGGUCUCAGCUGUGAGUGGAAAGGAGGCUGCUCCAAGAUCACUUUUACCAGAAACAUCAAAUGCUUCUGUCAAAAGACCUCUGCUUAUUUUAAAUAGAUCAGUAUCUUCACCUCAUUCUGAUUCUGAUAACAGUCUUAAACGGAAGACACCUAGUUGCGUGACACCUGUGACUUUAAAGACACCUCGAUUGAAUGAAAAAACAUUCAACAGCCAUGAUGAUGAUGAUGAAGAUGUCAUCAUUUUAGAGGAGAGCAGUACUCCAAAGCCUUCAGCAGAUUCUGAUGUUCCUAUAGUAAAAACUGAAUGUAUUAAUUUGGAUCAAGAGGAGGAGCAGAAAGAAAACUGUGAUGUCCCAGAACCUUGCAGUGCAGCUACUUCAGAACCAAAAACUGAACAGUUCACCUCAGCGACACAGACAGAGCUCCCAAACUUACUUGUUAAAAAGGAAGAGCUGGAAGAUGACACCGACAUUCCAAUCUCCAGGGCAGAGGUAGAAACUAAACAGCACAAUGUUAAUGGUGUUUCUGAGACAUCUGCAGAUCUUGGAAAUGAACUGAAAAAUCAGCUGCAAUUAUUAAACAAAGAAAAAGAAAUGUACCAAAACAAAUGUGAAGUAUUAACCAAACAAGUAGAAACACUGGAACAGAGGAUUUUAGAAAUUAAUAAUAAGUAUGUAAAAAAAGAAAUGUGUCAUCAGUCAACUGAGACAAUUUCUUCAUUUGAAGAAGAAAACGUUCAUGAAAGAAGUUUGGCAGAAGUGACUAUUCUUUAUGAGCAGGCCUUAAAAGAAAUAGCAAAACUAAAGGAACAAUGCAGUACCCUGCAGAACUUAAAAACUGAAUGCAGCAAGUGUGCUGAUGGUGAAAAUAGGAGCGAAGUAGAUGAAAUCGCUGUGCAACUGGACGAUGUUUUCAGGCAACUGGACAAGUGCAGCAUUGAGAGAGACAGAUAUAAAAGUGAGGUUGAACUACUAGAAGUAGAAAAAAAUCAAAUUGCCUGUCAAUGUGAAGAACUCAAAGCAGAAAUUGCACAGUUAAAAGCUUCAAUUCCGCAAGCAGUAGCACGUGCAAAUGAUUCUACCACCAGUAAUGUAGAAGACUCUGUAAAUUUUUCUGAUGGAGAAAGCCUGAAACUACGCUCUCUUCGAGUGAAUGUUGGACAACUGCUGGCUACGAUCAUGCCUGAUCUAGACUUGCAGCAAGUCAAUUACGAUAUUGAUGUAGUAGAUGAAAUUUUAGGACAAGUUGUAGAACAAAUGCAUGAAAUCAGUAGUACUUAAUAUCUUAAGAUUUUAGCAGACUUUUAUUUGAUCUUCCAUUAUAACCUUUGUGUAGGUUCAAAAUUGUAUAUACUGCUUCUUCACUUUAUAUAUUUGACAUAGUUUGAUCACUAAGUGUAUAUACUCUACGCGUUUAGAUGUUCCCACAGAUGCAGUGGGUGUUAUCUUCACUUCCUCUUAAAGGAACACUGUCAAUAUUGACCAACCCUGAUGUACUUAAUUAAGGAUUUUGCUUUUAAAAUGUAUUUGUAAUUAAAUUUGCAACUAUUUUUAUUAUUAGGAAUCUUAAUACUUUUCUACAAAAGCUUUUCGUUGAUGUUUGAUCUUACGUAAGCAUUAAUAUUUGCAAUUAUUUCCUCUUCUAAAAUCUUAAGUAGUGGAAUAUAUAAAAAAAUGCAAAAAAAACCCACAACACCUUCCUUGAUUUCCUUCUCAGAUCAAACCUUAGUAGUGUUGUUGUAUACUACAGUAUUGUUUCAUUGCUAUCAGCAAUGUCGUAUGUUGCAUUAAUGGGAUAGAAACAUAACGAGUAAAUGAAAAUUUUGGGCACGUGGGUAGUACUUGUGCUUUACUACCAAAAGCAGAAAAGUUCUUCAAGGGUUUUAUCCUAAAAGCCGAUGAUCUUUGAAUCCCUUUUGGAAUUUUUGAUGGCACUAAAGAACAUUAUCUGUACAUAGUUUUGCAGCAUAAACAACUCCAUAGGAUGUGGCAAGGAUAUUUCAGCCUUUUCAGUCAUGAAAACCACAUGCCUGUUUGUGUCCUGCCCUUGCUACUUGAUCGUUGUUUCCUACAUCCAAGAACCAAGCGCGGUCAGAGGGGUCUUCAGUUCUACCCUCUAGAUCCCGUUUGAAUGCAGCAGUGCUGGUUCACCGGUCCAGGUGUGUACUAGUACAUGGCUUCAAUGGUCUGAUUUCACACACAGCUCUCACCUGCUUUUUUCCGAGUCAAAGGCAGCCAGUGGGAUGGGAAGGAUCCUGGUGGACCAUUGGAGAGAACAAACUGGGGAGGCAGGAUUCCUGGGCAACCUCUGCUCUGCAUCAAACACCACCUCUUGAGACCUGAGGACCUUUUUUCAGGGAAGCCCAGUGCUGAGCAGGAUUGACAGAGAGGUUCUGUGAUGUGUACAAAUGCUUAUAUAUAUUAUCUCAAAAUAACCAAAUGGUUGCAGUAUCAAAGAUGCGGUCUACCUUGGAGUCUUUCAGGCUGA